AUGCCCCACCGCUGUGAUCAGAAUGAACCAGGUAGGGAUGAAGAAGAGGGCGGAGAGGAGGAAGCAGCAGAAGAAGAUGCAGCAGCUGAGGCUGCAGAGGAAGAGGCCGAGGUCGGGGAAACGGAGGACGCUCCAGCUGCUGAGAGCGAGGCUGAAACCCUUGUGGAGGAAGUUGCAGAGGUAGUUGCUGAGGCUGCCGAAGUGGUCGCUGAGGUGGCGGAGGAUGUUGCAGAGGCUGCGAAGGAGGUGGAGAGUGUUGCAGAAGAAAUAGCCGAAGUAGCUGAAAGUAUUGAAGAGGCCGCCCAAGCUGUCGCAGAACCCGCCGUCGCUGCCGAGGAGCCAGAAAGCAAUGUGCUGCCGGUAGCUGCCUCUAUUGAAGAGUUACAGAAGACAGCUGAAGUACAGGACGAGUUGGUACCUGCAGAAGAAGCUCCUGCACAAGUGGAGGUUAUACCAGCAGAAGAAGCAGCAGCUGCACCAGUGGUUGAAGAGGUCAUCGCCCCAGUGGAAGUUGCAUCUGUGCUUGAAGAGGCCCCUGCACCAGUAGAAGCUGCUCCGGCAGAAGAAGCGGCUGCACCAACAGAAGAGGCCGUUGCACCAGUGGAUACUCUACCAGUUGAAGUUGUAACUCCAGAAGAGACGCCUGCACCAGUUGUUGAGGAGGCCCCUGCACCAGUGGAGGCUGCACCAGUUGUUGAGGAGGCCCCUGCACCUGUAGAGGCUGCACCAGUUGUUGAGGAGGCCCCUGCACCUGUAGAGGCUGCACCAGUUGUUGAGGAGGCCCCUGCACCAGUGGAGGCUGCACCAGUUGUUGAGGAGGCCCCUGCACCUGUGGAUGCUGCACCAGUUGUAGAAAUCUCUGCACCAGUAGAUGAGCCAGCAGAAGAGACCUUGGUACCACCUGUGGAGGCUCCUGCACCAGUGGUAGAAGAGGCUAAACCAGUGGAAGCUGCACAAGAUGCAUCGGCUCCAGUAGAACCUGAAGUUUCCUCAGCUAUAGCUGAAGAACCAGUCACUGCUACAGCUGUAGAGGAGGUUGCAGUAGUCGUCACUGCAGAAGCAGCCAGUGCUGUGGUGGAGGAAGCAGCUGCAGCCCCUGUUGAGUCCCUGGCAGAAGAGCCUCAGAGAGAGUACAUUGUUGUUGUUCUGGAAGGAACACCAAAAGCAGAGAAGAGGCCUAAGGUGCUGGGAGUGGGGCCAAUGAGUGGUAGAAUCAUCCCAGUGCCAGAUGAUGACGACCCCCAAACUUCUGAGGGUAAGCGACGUCUUCUUAGGAUGCAAAUGCAGUAGUCGCAAUGAAGUAAACGGCUCCUAAAUGAUUGAACGACUGUCUCGUACAGAAGAUGAGGAUGUGCCUUUCUCCAACACGUUCCCGUUGUCCUUUUACCCUGAAACCCAAGGACCUAAUGUGCAGUUUCACCACAAAGACACACAAUAGAGACAGUGUUUAGAUCAGUACCUGUCAUCCAACUAUUUUAGCAGUUGUCCACAUCACUGUGACACUCCACACUGACCUUUUAUGUCUUCACUCUAUAGUCUCAUGAUGAGCCCGGUCAGAAGUAUAAUAGAUCUCUGAUUCACCAUUCAGUAACCCUUCUUAUAACUGUCUGUUUACAGAUGUGGACAUAAGUGAGCCGUUCAGUCUCCCUUUAUUCUUACUGUUACAGUUAACUGCCUCAAAAAUCACUCCAGUGGAAAACCUUACUACUCACCCCUGCAUCCUGUUCACCCAAUCACUGGCCAGCCACUGCAGUGUUACCUCUUCAAUGGAGUCACCAGCAUUCUUUACAUGACCCAACCUCAGGUCUUCCCUCUGCUUCUCUUGGUGUGAAAAUGAACAGCUGGAAACACUUGUUUAUCUAUUAUGAUGAAAUACUACAAUGUGCAGAGUAGCUGUGUUGUUACCUCAGUUUUCCUCAGUCUUUGAAAUGACACUUCAGACCUCUUUUUUUUUUUCACUGCGUAAAGUGUUUGUUCCUUCUUGUGGAUGAUCUGAUGACUAUACAGUAAUGUGCUAAUGUAACAUCAGCAGCAUGCUUCAGUAAGGAGAAGGCGGGAGAAAAGUAUAAUUGGCAAGCUGAUGUGUAAGUUAUUGCUUCCGUCCUUUCUGAGUCAGUGUUGUUGUUUGGCUCUGGCAGUCAGACCUGUCAGUUAAAGGCCUGCAGCAAGUGUGAACAGUUAGGACCCAUGUGCUAGUGUGACAUGAAACGUGUGUUUGGGAAGUAUUGCAGUAUGUCUGAACAAAAGUCUCUGGUGUGAAAUGCUUUGACAGCUCUCUCCUUGAUCUCUAAUCUUAGAUUUCCCAUUUCACAUGCUCUCCCCUCUUAUAUUGAAUUUCUGUUGUUCUUAGCUGUGCAUACACAAUGUGAAACUGACAUGAGAUGAUUGAAGGAAGAAUUGAACAUGAUUGUAAGCGUAAAUUAACAAAUGGAAAUGAGUUUCAAAAAGUUGCGCUGCGUCUGUCACUGAUGUUCACAGGCAGGUUUCUGUAAUGAGAUGUGAGUAGAAGCCUUUGUCUAAACGAAGGGCAGCAACUGUCUGUGAGACAUUACCGGUUUUCUUGUUUUAUUAAAUAAAAAGGGAUUCAAUAUUU